CUUACGCUUAAAUGGGCAUUAGCCCGCACACUUCUGUUGCAUAACUGCAGUUCUUGUUGCUGGCUGCAUGCGGCUAUGCUGUGCAGUCAUAUGCCGGGUGGUCUAAUACACUUUAUUUUCUAAUUGACCCUGUUGAUUGGCAUGUUUUUUUUUAAGUACUACUCAUAUGCUGAACACUGUUCCUUCCUUCUUGUUUUAUUUGUUAUACCUCUUAUAUAGAAGCAAUGCAUUUUGAAAGCUAAAGCACCAGAGGAGGUGGCAAUUUGUAUUGCUCAGAUUUGUUCUCCAGGGAACUCUGGGGUUUCUUCACAAUGAGUCGGAGGAGGAUAUCCUGCAAAGAUCUGGGACACGCUGACUUCCAGGGGUGGUUAUACAAGAAAAAGGAAAAAGGCACCUUCCUCAGCAACAAAUGGAGAAAGUUCUGGGUUGUGCUCAAGGGGGCAUCGCUGUACUGGUACAGCAAUCAGAUGGCAGAGAAAGCUGAUGGCUUCAUCAACUUGCCAGAUUUUGUUGUGGACAGAGCUGCUGAAUGCAAGAAAAAGUAUGCUUUUAAGAUCAGCCAUCCACAGAUCAAGACAUUUUAUUUUGCAGCAGAGAAUGUGCAGGAAAUGAACAUGUGGUUAAAUAAGCUCGGGUUAGCUGUAAUCCGUCUUGCAUCUACAGGAAAAGAUGAAGAAUGCUACAGUGAAAGUGAACAUGAGGAUCCUGAAAUAGCUGUGGAGACGCCACCCCCUCCCUACUCUGCUGAGCCUCCAUCGCAUUUGGGUCCACAAGAAGCAUCUUCAUCCUCACUUGUAUUGAACGAACCAUCCUGUUCUUUUUCUUCCCUGGAGAGUUCAGUCAAGUCACCCAGCAGCUCUUCCUCUUCCACAUCUAAAGCAGCCUACGCAGAAAGGCAAUCAUGGCUCGACCUUGUCAACAGUUCCUCUGUCACUGAAGAUGUGGGACAGUCCAUAAUGGUUCAGAUCCAUUCACCUGCCCUCCCAGAGGCCUCAGAAAAUGACCUUGUCAAAUCUGAAAGUGGAUUUCUGAACUCUUUGUCAAGUGAGGAGACAUCUUCACUGAACAGUAGUUUAGAUCAUCUCUCUGUUCCUGAUGACACUAUAGGAUUCAAGACAUCAGAUAGAGAACAGACAAAAGGCCUGGAAGAUGACGAAAUGGAAAAGCUUUACAAAUCUCUAGAACAAGCCAGUUUAUCUCCUAUUGGUGAUCGACGACCUUCAACCAAAAAGGAAUUGAGGAAGUCUUUUGUCAAGCGGAGCAAAAAUCCGUCCAUCAAUGAGAAACUCCACAAAAUCCGGACGUUGAAUAGCACAUUAAAGUGUAAAGAGCAUGACUUAGCCAUGAUUAACCAGUUGUUGGAGGAUCCGAAGCUGACGGCAAAGAAGUACAGAGAAUGGAAGAGCACAAAUAGCUUGUUGGUGCAGGAGAUCUAUCAGCAGCAGAGUGCAAAGACUGCCGCAGAAGGACCUCACCUGGAGCCUGAGGGACAAACUUCUUUUACCCAUGUUGAAAGUUCUAUUUGAGGUCAAGCCAGAACUCUCUCCCUACCUUGUUUUAUCCUCAGCAACCCUUUAAGCUGCUACAAAGUCUUGCAUUUUUCCUGAAAAGGAGACCUAAAAACUAUUCCCCAGAACCUCAGAUCUGGCCUGAUUAGGCGACUUCACUGGAAGCAAAUUACCUAAUGCAUGGAAUCCCUAGUUCAAAUGACAGUGUAUCCAUUUGAUGAAUCAAUCAAUUUAAUUCAGGUAUAAAUGAUUGAGAAUUCACUAUAUAUGAGGUGCUAUGAGAGGUGAGGAAGCGUGUGGGGGAAACAAGAGAUUCAUAUGAUGUGAUCUGCUUUCAAGGAACAUACAGCAACAAUCUGUGGAAUAGAGAAUCACAAGAAAUUUUCAUAAUUUCAUGAUUCAAUCCCUUGGUAACAGGAAGAAAAUGUAAAAAAGAAUAUCCAUGGUCUUUCUUGCUGGGUUGUCAUCUUUCCCAUGUCACUUUUAGAUGGGAGGAAUACAAUAUAAAUUCUUUUUUGUUGUUAUUUAAUUCAGAAUCUUGUCUUUGGGGUUGCAGAUCACUAAUCCCAUUUCUACAAACCCUUAAAGAGAAUACAUUGGCAUUUAAAAUAAAAAGAAAGACUCAGAAGAGAGCUAUUCCAUGGGAGAAAUGUCCUAUCAUUUGUGGACUCAAAGGACUACUUGACAUUUCCAAAUUUCACACUGGUUGGGGAAAUUCUACAACACGUGGAGAGAUGUUGCUUGUACCACUUGGGGACGUCUGUUUUCUGACUUUAUUCAUCAACCACAGGACUUAACCAUGCAUCAGGAAAGGUGUGUCUGCUGCCUGUAGACUUGACUAUGGUACAGGAUUUGUAUUUGUGUCCAGGUGCCCUAAGAUCCACACAGCAAGGAUAUUUUUGGCAUCUGAAGUUUUUCAAUUUCUUUAUUCAAAGGAAUGAAAAAAAUUGAGCUAAUUCAUAGUUGCUUUUAUUUUUGUAAGGUUAUCUGUCACUUUAUGGCUUAUGUGAAUAUAUAGCUAUGUACAUAUCAAUAUGUAUAUGUUUGUUAUUUAAGUCUAUUUAUAGAAGUCCAGAUUACCAGUGUUAAUAAGAUCAUGCUAUUUUUCCCUUAUUGAAUAGGCUACAUGUUCUAAGUAGACAUAUUUUUAAUCUGAGAAAAAAUGGAGAUACUAGUGAGUUGUUUCAAUCAUUCCAGUGCAUCACCUUGAAAAGUCUGAAGCAUUUGCAGGAAACCUGUAGGAUAUAUAUGGGAACAUGCCAAAUAUGUUGUUUGGUUCCUCCCUCCUCCAUUGUAGUAGUAUAGUAUAAUGGAAAGCUCACUGUAUAGGGAUUCAGAAUGUGGCUGUCAUUUAUUAGCCAUGGAAUCUUGGCCAAAUCACUUAUCUUCCCUGAGCCUCAGUUUUUCCAUCUAUAGAAUAAAGCUAGGAAUAGUGGACUAGAUAAUCUAUGAAGUCCCCUCUGACUGUAACAUUCCCUGAUUCUCAUUCCCUAUUUAUACGUGUAGUGGCAUUCACAGAAUCCUAGAACCUCAGGGUUAAAAGGGACAUCAGAGAAGCACUAGUCCAAACCUGUACCUGAACAAGAAUCCUCUCUAUAACAUAGCUGGCAAGGCAUCACCUCACCUUUGCUUAAAGACCUCCAGAGAUGGGAUACCAACAGCUUCCUGAAAAACAGCCCAUUCUACGUUGGUAGAGUUUUAGAGGUUAGGAAGUUUUCCAUUUUACAAGGCUGCCCAUCUCUUUUUCAUUUCCAUCCAUUUCUCCUGGUUCUGCCAUCAGGGACCAAACAGAAAAAUUUUAAUCCGUCAUCCAUUUGAUAUCCCUUCACAUAUUUGAAGAGAGCUACCAAGGAUUUGUAAAACAUAAAUCAAAAUUUAGUUUAAAAUUAUUUAAAUUGGGAAACUUUGGCCAGAGAGGUCUUAGAGUUCAUUAUAUUUUCAUAUAAAAUUAUCAUUCAAAAAAAGAGAAAUCUAUAUUUUCCUUCAUUGUAAGGAACAUCUUUCAAUCAUAUUCCUCUUUCACAUUGCUAACUAUAUAUAUAUAUAUAUGUGUAUAUGAUAUAAUUGCAUUGAUUGUAAUUAUAGUAAUAUAUGUGUAUAUAUGUAUACAUGUAUGUAUAUAAUGUGUGUAUAUGCAAUUAUAUAUUUGUGUGUAUAUACAAACAUGCAUAUAUUCAAAUGCCAAACAGAUUCACAUAUCCCUGGAAUAACAUUCUUAUUAAGAUGUAUUAGAAAUCCUGGUACUCCUUGUUGAAGAUUAACUUGGAUUAUUAGAGGAAAAAGAUGAGGAAAGAAGCUGUGUCAUUUUGGAAUUAACCUAAUGACUGUUCACUAGAAGAACAAACAUGGCUCAUUUUGGUCUUACAUCAAGCAGACCAUUGAAAUGGCACAUUAUAUUUCAUAGCUUAAACAUUUGGCUUAACAUUAAAAAUAUGAGGAAACCCCUAAACUGCACCUAUCAGUUAAAUGCAAAUAUUCAAUCAAUUAAAACAACUUUAAGCUCCAUGGGUUUUAGUACUGUUGGCUUUAAGAAUGAAGCAAUCUUAUUGUGAAAAGGAAAAAAAACUCUUUAAAGUACAGUUAUGGCAGUAGAAAUGACACUAGGAUGAGAAAUACCUAUUCUGUCAUGUAGAUACAUUUCCAUGUCUCACUAUAGGCUUUUAAUAUUAAAGAAGUGGUAUGAGGCAGUCCCAUUGACCUUUUAAUGCAAACUGUCAUGCUACCAUAGACAUUGAAGAAGGGAAAAGGUCAAAAGCCAAACCUUUGAAAGAUCUUCAAAAAUCAUCUGUGACACAGUUCUAUAAAGAAUUUUGGUAACAUCAUUGGGGUCAAGAUGGUCAUAUCAAUAUUCCCCCUCCCCAAAUUGAAAUUCUACAUAGUGAGCCCAACCUUUGUCUCUAUGUAGACUGGAGUGGUAGUGGUCAGGUAAAGGUAUGUGGAACUGGACCCAAGGAGUCAAUUAAUUGUCAUUAGUUGUAAUUCCCAGAAUUAUAACAAAUCCACACUAGUUUUUUUUUUUUUACUAAUGUUUCAAAGCCUUCUUUGAUCAUCAUCUGGUAGUACUUGCACUGGUAUCCUCUGUUAUGAAGGGGAUAUGGUGAAGGCCCUCAGCACUUGGGGUGGGAUCUCCUGCUGUGAAUUUAGGAGAGGACAUGGACAAGAAUACCUACAGGAUGGGUAGGCAUGGACUGAAGAGAAUGCCCUAAUUAGUGAGAUUAUAGAUCUGGUGGAGGAGGAUAAAAGCCAAGGUAUUAUUGGCCCCUCUGUUUUGAAGUCUUGGUAAGUUGGAAAUAGAUCUGGAAAGUUGACAACCCUAUUCUGUCCCAGGUAAUGGUGAUUUUGCAUCACUGAGUAUAGAAUCAACCUAACAGUUAUUGGGUAAGGCCUUCUUUCUGGAUCUCCAGAUAGUUCCCUAUGGAAAGUGUGGAAAUGUCCUCACUAUGAUGUAUAAGAAGGCUGAUCGAAGUGAGUAUUUUUUGUGUUUCUUCCCCAAACUGCCAUACUUUCUCUUCUUUUAGGAGUGUUCAUAGGAGUUUGUUUCAGGUAGGUCACCAUGGGUUAAAGAAUAAAUGGAAAGCGGCACCAAUUCAAGCUUAUUUUUAGAGAUUAGGUCCUUGUUCAUACCAUGACUUACCCAAAUCACGUAGAUGCACCUACAAAACUGGUUUCAUCUAGAGCUACCCUAACCUCUUUAGGGUCCCAUUGAGAGUGGGUGAUUCCGAAUAAUCGUGGUGCAGAAUUUUCCUUGGUGGCCAAGGUCAAAAGAGGAUAUCCCUCGGGGACGCUUCAAUCUAGACCUGACUCAAGAGAAGCCAAUGCAGGAGAUGGAGGGCCAGCUUUAAGAUUUUCUUCCCCUCUUCCUCAUCAUUCCACAACUUACAACACUGUACUGUUUACAGGAAUCAGUACCAGAGUACUCUAAAAAGUGAAUUUUGGUGGUGACAUUUGGGACGAGCACUUCAACUUGCCUCUGGGGUCUUUUAUGAGGCCUCCUGCAUAUAUAAUAGAAAGCCAGAUCUUAGAAUGUGAAAGGUUCAAAGAACAUUGCAAGAAAUGCCCAGAGACAUUUCUAAAGGUCCUUAGAAGCCCCAGGAAGAACGGCUACUUGGAGUAGAAUUUAGACGUAAAAUUGAUGUGAAAAGCAGAAACCAAGGAACAAGAGACAGUUUGACUUAAAUUAAUUUUAAACAUGACACUGAAGAUCAUAGGAGUCCAGUGACAGAAUCAAAAAUUUGAGAGUUGGGAUGAAUUCUUAGCAGCCAUAUAGUCCAACCCAUACACCCUCAUAUCUUUAGUGUACCAUGCUUGAAACCUUCCCUCCAAAAAAGGGAAGCCGUUUUUUAGCUAUUCCAUGCCAUUUGGGAACAGCUCUAAUUGUUAGGAAGGUUUUUUCCUGGCAUUGAUCAUAAAUUCAUCUUUUUUUGCAACUUUUAUUCAUUGCUUCUGGUUCUAUCCUCUGAAAUGAGAUGGUCCCUUUUGCUUUUGAUGGCAGAGAAAGCCCUCUUCCAAGUGUAGUGGGAAUUCCUUCUUCCCUUUUCCCUCCCACCCAUGUUUUGAAAAACAUUAAUGAAUUAUAUGAAUUGGGGACAAACCAUGUAAGUUAGUAAUAUUUUCCCCAUUUUGUAAAGACAAAUUAUACUGUUUAUUAGGAAUUUGGAGAGCCUUUAAUAAAAUGGACUUAUUAAAAAAUUGAUAACAUCCCACUUUUUUUGUGAAGAGGGAAUUGCCACAAAUUGUUACUUUGGCCAAACUCCCUAACUUCAGCUUCUCCAUAGGAAAAAUGGGUAUUUUCCCCUUAUUACCUUAUAUCACAUAGGGAUGUUAUGAAAAUGAAUGGGAUAAUUGGAUGUUCAAGAAAUAAGCCUUUGGGCUUCAAAAGGUGCUAUAUAAUCCCCAGGGAGCAAAUAUAACCAAGUUCCAUACUCAAUUUCAGUAUAUAUCUCUAUAAAAUAUACCCCCAUCAAUUGUUCUCAGAAAUACUUGUAUUAGACAUAGAUUUACAUACAUUACAUUUCUAGGCAAUGAAGAUCAAACUAUCACUUCAUACUAAAAUAGUCAUCAGGGUCCAAAAGAAGUGCUAGGUAUACUCUUACUCUGACAUAACACUACUACUAGCUCAUAAAUCCCAUGAGGCCAGGGACUGUCUUCAAUUUUGUAUUCUUUCCUGGACUAACAAACUUAACAAUGGGUGCUUAAUAAAUGCUUAUUGGGUUCAAUUGCUAAAUUUGAAUUGGACCUUCCUAUCCAUGUUCCUCUCAGUAUGGGCAAUAUGUCAGUUUUCUCAUUUGAAAGUAAGGAAACUGACCUUCAGUAAGGUAGAAAGGUGAUGUGCUUCUAGCAGGAUGCUAUAGAUAGGUAAUCCAGAGAUCUAGUCCCAGUUUUGCUCCUAACUAACUGUGUGAUUUAGAGCAAAUCAAAUAACCUCUCUGGGGCUCAUUUUCCUCCUGAAAAGCAAGGGAUCUCAGAGAUCUCUUUCACUUACAACAUUAUAAGACUCUUAACACUUCAGAAUUAUAGCUCAGAAAUAGAAUGUUAUUCUGCCUGCUAGGGAGCUGGGUUUCUUUUUACCAUAGACUUUUAUGAAUACGAUUCAGCCAUGAAGGACUGAAAAGCUGUGGGUUUGCUUUUUUGUAGUGAGGCAGGAAGUGGCUUUCCUGCCUUCAAUGUAAAUAGGUAUCUUUCACACACGCAAAGGGCCCAGAGAGUAUCACAAUGAUCUUUACCCAUACUUUGCAACUUUUUCUGUUGUGAAAAGGAGAACUAAGCUGUUCCUGGCUAAUUGCACCUAAAAUAUUGAGACAUGUCUCUGUGGAGAAUUGUUUCUCAAACAUCAUGUGAUACAAACCAGGAUGUUAUCAUUGCAUUUUCUUGGAAAUCUCUGUUAGGUAGGCAAUGUGAUAUUUAGGAUAACAUGGAUAAAUGUCAACAAUUACUAGGAAUACCCCAUGCUCCCAUGUUGUUAAAUCUGAAAUAAAAUGUAGGAAGCAUCACCUUAUACUUUUAAAUUGCAUUGUCCAAUGUCUUUUAAAAAUAUUGAACAAAAGAAAAUAUGUUUAAUAAAGCAACACAGAAAGACUUUCAGGAAAUUUGUUAAAAAUAGCGCUUGGGGUUCAUCUGCUUCUCUGCCUCUCUGUUCCGGGGGAAAAAAAAUGUCAUGCUCUGGGCUGCCUUCUUUUUUCAAGCCUUUUCUUCUACAAAGGUUAGAGUGACCUCUUGUGGAUAUGAAAUGAGCUGCUCACUUAUCUGAACAAAUAGAAUGGCCCCAAAUAGUCACUGGGUUUCACAUACUGUUGGUGCAUGUUAACUUACAUUGUUAUGCAAAUAAAACUUUAAUGAUGUUGGGGAAUCUGUUUUCAAAUGAUAACUUGCUGUUGUCUUUUCAAAUAAUGCAUGUUUUCAAAUGCGCAAGAGCCUUAGAAAUUUUCCUAGCCUUCAUUGGGUUUGACAAAAUUGUAUUUCUGCCAUAAAAUUUGCAUUGCAUAUUUCUCACUGCUUCCUUCUUUACCACUCCUAGGCCGUCCUGAUUUUUUCUAAUGUCCAUGGUAUCAUUAAACUUUGAGGGUUAAGUUUACAGUAAAAAAAGAACUUAGU